AUGCUGGAUCUUCAGACAAACUACUGCAAGGAAGUGGACUAUUAUCCAAAGACGGUCAGCAAAGCGCAAGAUAUGUUGAAGUUUCACAUGGAUGUGAUCAAGAAUCCGGGAGUGAACCUUUACCAAGGAAAAGACCAGCCUAAUAAAGGUAAAGGUAAACCGAAGGACGAUAAGAAAAAGGCAGCAUGUUAUGUAUGUGACAGGGAGGACCAUAUGUCUCCAAAAUGCCCAGACAUACUGCUACCAGGGAUUCAGUGGGAAAGGCCGGAUCAAUAUGUUGAUUAUGGAAAGAAGCUCAAUCUUAACCAGAUUGGAGCAACUGUCCCAGCUACUAUUCCAGCUACAGUUCCUGGAACUUCUCCAGUGCCAAGUAUUAUCACUGGUGGAACAUCGAGUGUUACGGGAAGCGUUAACACACCUUUGCAACUUGCUGGUACUACAGGUAAUCAAAUGAUGCAAGUUCCUUCGGGAAUGCAGCUCAUGCAGAUUCCAACUCAAGGUGGCGGCACUGUGACUGUCCCUUACUCUAUGAAUGCUAAUGGUGAGAUUGCGUUCAGUGGAAUGCAACUCAGCCAACAAGGCUUCAGUGGUGCUCAAAUGUGCCAAGGAUUUGAUGCAACUCCAGCUCGAACUCCGCAGCUCGUGAAGACUGGCUAUUAUGAUACGUCAAAUGUCUUUCACGAUACUAUCAAGGGAAAGGAUGAGAAUGGCAAUGAUGUCUAUCUUAUUCCAUGUCCUACUGGUACGACUAAUGUUGAACUUCAAUCCGACUGGCACUAUGCUAGUGAAAAUGAAGACUUGCCUGAUCUUGCUACUGAAGCAGAUCGAGGUAUGCAGUUUAUUCAAAGCCGCAGAAUCGAAAGAGAUCCGUUUGGUUUGCUCGAUCACAUCAUCAUGGACAGUGGUUGCACCAACACCACCAGUUGUAAUGGUGAACUCAUGCAUGGACUACGUCAAGCUGAGAAAGAGCUCGAUAUGCACACUAACGUGGGCAGCAGAGUUCUUGAUGAAGAAGGAUUUCUAGGAAGAUUUCCGCCUCCAGUCUAUUAUGAUGAAGACGGAAUUGCCAAUGUACUUGCUAUGCGCGAGAUGAUUGCUGCGGGAUACCGCAUUACCAUGGAUACUGAUUUUGACAAUGCCUUUG